AUGGAUGCAAUAGAUAAUUGUGAAGCGAAUUCUGAAGUUCCCUUGCGCCGAAGCAAACGUGGAAAAGGCCGUGGAACUAGUAACCCUAACUCAGCCACGUCUGGUGCUAAUGCUAUUGUCUCUACGGACGAACGUGUCGCAUCUUGUGUUGUGGGCGGUGUCGAAUACCACACAGGGGACUUUGUAUACUACGAGGAAGCCGAUUUUGAGUACUACACCAUUGGGUUGAUUGAAGAAAUCAAAUUCUCACGACGAGACAAGUUCAUGGUUUCCGUCAAAUGCUUUUACCGCACGCACGAUAUUCCAGAGUGCGCCAAGCAGUCCGUGUUGGAACGGGAAUUAUUCCACUCUCCAUCCAACGCCAAACUGAAACAUGAGGUUUUGUCCCGCGAGUUGUUCGUGUCCGAAGUGCAGGAGACACUGGCUUCCAAACAGCUACGCGGUCACUGCAAGGUCACUCAUCUGUCGGAUUUGCGCACUGCGCUGAACACCUUCUGCCCGGAUGAGGAGGAUAACUUCUUCUACGUUUUCGCUUACAACCCUGAGAGCAAAAGGCUUAUGCAUACGCGUGCGGAAAUUCGGAUUGGGGACGCUUUUCAAGCGGUGAUACCCAAUUUUCGACAUCCCGCACCUGCACACUACCGGCAUGUGUACUCGCGCUGUCGGUUUCGUUGUCGGAAACACGGUCACCUUCGGCAUCGUUACCAUCGAUGGUGUUCAACGUAUUUGGCUUCACGUGACAAACGGGAUGGCCGCAGUUUGAGCUCGAGAAAAUCCGAGGACAAAAAGGACCCGCAACUCGCUGCAGAAUCCCUCGACCUACCUCCCAACAAGUCACCAAAUCCUCUCCUGGUUUCUACUGCCCAGCCCGCUGAAUGUGGCUCCCAUCCCUGUUCAGCCAGUCCAUACGCGAAAACCAAAUCCACUGACAACGCAGUAGAAAUAGAUGGCCUCAAAUCACCUCCGACGUUGGAGAUUUUCGGUUCUACCGCCAGUGUGGCUGGUUCUCCGAGCGGCGGCUGCUCUCAUAUUCGUCGUUGGCGCGGUCACGGGUGCCCGAGUCUGAUUGACCCAAUCACUCAGAGACGAUUACAUCGUCAUCGAUGCAAUCGACGUUGGGAGACUAUCGUUUGGUGCCCGCAAGGGCUGGCCAAUUCACUCACGGGCGCAAAUAAUUGGAACGCGAUUGACGUCGAUUUUUUGGCCAACGGGGACUUGGCCGGUGAACCUCUGAAGACCUAUUUGGAUGCUGUACGUUCUAUGGUGGCUUUCUUCGGCUUUGGUGGGGCGGAUGAUGAUCUAGCAUCAGCAGAGAACGGCCUGGUCUUGGCCAAUCUCGCUUCCACCACUCAACAUGCCUACGAUACGCUCCACAAGGCACAUUAUUCAUUGAAGCUUGCAUUGAAAAACAUAUCCUACAAUCCUAUUCCAUCUAAGAACACUCCACGUCACUGGACGGCCGAUCAGGUUCGCUUAUUUGCCCACGCUUUGCGAAUCCGUGGCAAGAACUUUCACGCUAUCCAACGCGAUUUCUUCGGUGGCCGUUUGUGUGAUACUGCUGUGAACUCGUCCAACAACGUGCUUCAUCCUCUCGGUACUGGCCGCACGCGUGGGAGAGGUCGUCGCAAGGCGAUCAGCGGAUCUAACUCCAAGUCGGUUAAGCCGGAAGAGGAUCAAGUGGACGUGAAACCAGAGAACGACAUGAAGCCGCUGGAGUCCACUCAGCAUACGCUUCCAACUGAUGAGAAACUCUCUAAAGAUGCCACUUCCGACACUUCUAAGUACGUGACCCAUCCAGAGCCUAUCAAAACAGUAAAGGAACUGAUUGCUUUCUACUACUACUGGAAGCGAAAAGGUGCCACUCUUGGUUCCGGGUCUGGCACAGGCACACAGAGCGGGUUAACCAAUGCGGCAGCCGUCAACUUCUCAGCCGCAGUGGCUGCUGCUGCUGCCUCAAACUGUUCGUUGAGCACGAACACGGUGGCGAUCAACGGGUCGGAUGGUCUGAAACCGAGCGCCAUUUUGCAGCAGCAGCAGCAACAGCCUCUCCAGCAACCGCAUCAGCCAUGGACUGGUACCGCGAAAAAGCGGAAGCAAAAUAGCAAAGGAAAUGCCCUGCGUGCGUCAACGCCUACAAGUGAGAUCUCCGAGUCUGCGGACGCUAGCCCUCCUGAUUCUGACGGCGACGACCCCAUGGAUUGCAACGACGCAAAAAUCGCCGAUGAUGCAGAUUUUGUGUCUGUCAAAUCGGGCCCUACGGUAGCAGUUUCUAGCGGGACCACGAGUGACUCGAACGCAGCCGAAAUCCCUCCAUCUGGCCGCUUACGCCGUCGCCUCUGUCGCAAUUGUAGCAAAGAUCUGUCCUUGUCCAACGAAGCCGCCCAUCUGACUGGGGUGGGACAGCUCCGUUUUCUUUGCCACGGAUGUCGAAUUCAUUUACAGAAGUACGGGGAGCUGAAAUUCACGUCGAGCGGCGAACUGCAACCGGCAGACGAUGAAUCCGCCCCCACUCACUCACUCAUGGAAACGGCUGGCAUCGAUGCUGUCAAGCCUGACCAUCACCCGAGUUCCCCCCGUCCUUCUUCCUGGAACUGUGAGAAGACACAGGCAUCCCCAUUGUCUACCCCCGACUGCUGCAUCCCCUGGCAUCACACUUGUCGGUCCCCCUGUCUUGGCUCUCCUUGCUCCUACAAAUCUCGGCACUCUUCAUCUGUUUACUCCGGUGCUCCGGAUUCAGAGCUCUACUCCUCUUCAUCAUCCCCACCCUCUUCUGCAUCUUCCUCUCGCUCGAUUUCCUCUUUGGAAUCUGUCUCCGACACGUGUAGCUCUGAUUCCGACCGAAGUCCGCCGCCUAACGCCAUCGAAUCCCGGGGCUCCAAAUCUGGAUAUCCUGCUGAGCACCUGUACAGGCGACGGGGUACCAAGCGCCGACGCCUCCAAAAGAUAUCUGAUUCUCCUAACCACCUCUCGCUCAUGGACCAGACGAUCCCUUGCUCUCUUCCUUCUCCUCUGCCUGCUGACGAGCUUAUUGCAGCUGCCAAAUCACUCGACCCACUGGAGAAUGAUUCAUCGCCUCGGUUUAUAGCUGAGGUUAGUCCCACGAUUUCCGUUCAGUGUGUUCCUGGAAGUCAUCAAGCACUGUCAACCAAAUCGGUGCCUCACAUUGAAUCAGGUCGAAGCCCCCUUGAAGAAAUUGCACUCGAUCAACCUGACUCGCAUCCUUCUCUUAGAGCUCCCUCUCCAAUCGAUCAUGAUACGCAGGCGCCGUCGGUGACCCCAAUUCUUCCUCCGCUAUCACACCCUGUCCCACAGGAUGAGAAUGACGCGAUAGGCAGUGAUGUUGACGAUGAAGUUGAUGCAUGCUUGCAGAUGUCGCCACAGUCACCUGUCCCCUGUAUGAAGGAGGUUCACCAGUCCACAUGGUCUCACCUUUUUCGCACAUGGGACAGAUCGGUUCGACUUGUAUUGUCCCGAGAUUCGACGCCUCGUGUGGUUUAUAAUGCCGGAAGUUGCUCUCGCACCGACUUGAUCUAUGAAGGCCGUAGGAACUCUUUAUCCGAACUGGCUGAGGCUCGCCGAAUGCUUUAUGCUCUACACACAGACACCGCAGUCGGUCCUGGCACUGCGGUUGUGGACAGUGGGAUCCAUGCUUCGUGUGCCGGUUCGUCUCCCCGGGAUACACAGGAUAUUAUUCCGCGUUUCACCGAUGAUCUUCCAUCUAUUACCACUUGUAUGAGUUCUCCGGUGCUUACGUCCGUUGCUUCAGAAACCGCUGCAUUAAAUCUCAGCUCCCGUUCGGUACAUUCCCGUUCUCCUGGCCUUUUUCACUCCCACAAUCGAUUGACCACCUCCAGCUGUGUACCCGUUGCGCCGACAUGUUCUCAUCAACAGGCGUCGCAGGUCAACAUGCGGGCUGUAACUCCAAGAGCUACCCCAACUCAGUCUCUCAUUACCAGCACUCAAUCCUAUGACCCAUCUCCUACGCAACAACAACUUCAAGCAGCAUACGAACACGCCAUGCUGCUCGCCACUGCUGCUGCAGCCGCAGCCGCACAGCACCCUCAUGCACCUUACCAUUCCCAAGUUCAGCAGCAGCAGCAGCAGCAGCGCGAUGCGAUGCAUCAACCGCACAAUCGUUCCUCCACUUCCCAUUCUUCGAGGAGUAACACUCCAGCCGUCUGUGGUCCCGGGAGCAAACCAAACCACACAAACGCUACCCAGUUAUCUGCCCGAGUAGGUGCCGCGUCGGGCACAUUUUAUCCACCAAUGCUCGGCACCUCCGGACGGAACUUGUCCUCUCCUCCUGCGUUUCAUGGUCGGAUACAGACCUCUACGCCACAUACACCCCACCCUUUCUCUCCCAUGCCUCAGAUACAGCAGUGGCCGAAUUCAUCGGUUGCUGGCGGCGGGCAUGGUGUCGCGCAGCAUAUUCCCCAGCACACUGGGCAUCCUGCUUCUUCCGUUCCGGCUCUCGCCAAUCCAUCUGCUACCGCGGAGGCUUUGUGGCGAAACCCAGAAUUUAUUCAACGCCAAAUGGCCCUCAUGGGAUUGUUGCCUCAAACGACAUUACCAGAGCAGUUCCUUUUCAACAACGCUAUGGAUCCGCGCGACGCAGAGUCCCUGCGUCGAAUGAUGGUAGAGAAAGUGACCAAUCAUUUACGUCAACCCUCAUCCUCUGACCACUUUGGCUCGGUUGAUCAGCACCAAGAAUUCCUGGCGUUGGCUGCAGCAACCGAAAUGCUCAUGCGUGGCCGUGCUGCGGCCGCCUCAGGUCCCACCAAUAAUGACCUCACAGGAUUUAUGCCAAAUACGUUGCUAUAUCAAACAUGCACGGGAGUCAAUUCUGGAGCACUUACCUCAGCUGUGAACAGUAUUAAUACUCGUCCGACGCCUUCUGUGCAAUCUCCCCAUUUUCGCCAUCCCUCCUGUAUGGCCACCCAACCACACACGUCCACACUUCCACGUCACUCGUACGGACCGAAUCAACAACACACACCCGACCCGGCGGUACCCUUUUCUUUCCACCCUGGAUUUCAUCUGUCGCCACCGACGGCACAUUCCAACUCGUCCUCCCCGCUUCCUCGCACGGCCGCAGCACCAGGACCAUCUGCAUUGAAUUACAUGUCGUUGUUGAACAAUAACGUCCAGACCACUUCACAUGCGAAAAAUGCAUCUCUGCACCACAGUACUACAGCGCCUGUCACCAGUCAGCCUCUUGGACCGGCCACCAGUACCACUCCUGCCUACACUAGUCGCUCUUCAUCCACUGGCACGCCUACCGUGCAACAGGUACAAGAACAAAUGAUGAACGCGGCCAAGUUGGCUAUGCUGGCCGCCAACGCUCAGUCCGAUCCGAACAAGGCUUUUGCUUUCGCGGCCGUUCUGGCCGAAAUGGCCGCACAGGAUAAGCUCCAAACACAAUCCGGUUCAUUCAACCACCUAAUGUCUCAGCUAGCGAUGCCACAACCCGUAUCCUUGCAACAACUACAACAACAGCAAUCUAAGCCCACUUUGCCUUCCAACAUGUUCGAUUAUCUGCAUCAAGUAACUGGCGGGUUACACAAUGAAAGCACUGGGUCUAUGUCCCCAUUUGUCACGGAUCGCCGCCGUUCCGGUACCCUCGGUGGACUUCUCUCUGGCCCUAUUUCACCUUCUCUGAUCCAAUCACCAAUUGCUAUGACCUCGGGCAGACCAUCAAUUGCAAGCACGACCUCUCAGAGCCAUUCUCGUCACUUGUCUACCCCAACCAGCACCGUUCCCCCGCGAUGUCCCCCGUCUUCUCUCGGUGGUCUGGUCUCGAACCUGCCUGUGUUCAACCCGGGAGCCAACGCCUCCUCCCCGUCAUCACAAUUUACCCAAUUUAAUCAAUUAGCACAUUCGGCCGGCCUGACGUCCGCUUUGCCGUUGCACGACCCUGCCGUGCUGAAUGCCUUCGCUCUCGCUGCUGCGGCCGCUUACGCCGCCGGCCCACAACAAACGGAUGCAGCUCAUUCUGCCCUUUUGAGUGGUUUCGUUCCGGAAGAUCACCAUCACCAUCACCUCGAUCGAAGUCGCCUUCCAGGCUCAAUGCCCACUCUUACUGGACAUCGUCCAAUGAGUCUUCAACAACAACAGGCCGCUGCAGUGGCUGCGUUCGCCGCGUUGCCCCAUAUGAAUCUGGGACCCCGGUUACCUCCUUCACAUCGGUGACACUUUGAAGCGUACGAUGAUUUCUUCCCCAAAUGUAUUACUUAUCGAGCUACCUGACUGACCACACCAUUUGAUGACUCUCUUCCCAGUAGCUAUUCUUCUUUUGGAUGUAACAAAGGAUGGUCUUUUUCCUUUCUACCAGACAGAGUCACUGUGGGAGUUCAUCAACAGUCUUGGAAACUUGCAUUUAUCUUUGCCUUUUCAAUCAGUCCGUUAUUCCGUCGAAUACUUUGGUUAUUACCGUUUGCCAGCACCAUAUUCAUCCUGUUUGCACGGCUUAUUCCUCGCACACAUUCAAGUGUUUGUCACCUGUUGUAAUUUCAGACCCACUGAUCAUGAAUUUCUGUGUGUUCUUCUC